UUUGUGCCAUCCGGGUCUCUCGCGCGAGCGAUUUAGUCUGUGGCGAAGCGUCGAGGCGGCCGGUACUGUUUAAAACGGCAACUGGAGGCGCCGCCGUAGCGGCCAGGACUCUGGACUAUGGCGCCCAGAGCAUAUAUGAGGAGAGGCAGACCAUAUUUUGCAGCAGCACUGUGCCAAGGGGCUGUUUUCAGUAAGAGGGUUAAUGAAAUUAAGAUUGGGUUCUCAGAUAGGCUAGUGAUACAGAACGAGAUGGACUAGCCCCAGAAAAGACAUCCCCAGAUAGAGAUAAGAAAAAAGAGCAGUCAGAUGUAUCUGUUUCUCCUAGAGCCUCAAAACAUCAUUAUUCAAGGUCACGAUCAAGGUCAAGAGAAAGAAAACGCAAGUCAGAUACUGAAGGAAGAAAACACAGGAGCCGGAGCAGAAGCAAAGAGAACCAACUUCUUCUUAAAACAGGCAAGAAGACAUGAAUCCAAAGAUAAAUCCUCUAAGAAACACAAGUCUGAGGAACAUAAUGACAAAGAACAUUCUUCUGAUAAAGGAAGAGAGCGGCUAAAUUCAUCUGAAAAUGGUGAGGACAGACACAAACGCAAAGAAAGAAAGUCAUCGAGAGGCAGAAGUCACUCAAGAUCUAGGUCUCGUGAAAGGCGUCAUCGAAGUAGAAGCAGGGAGCGGAAGAAGUCAAGAUCCAGGAGUAGGGAGCGGAAGAAGUCACGAUCCAGAAGCAGAGAAAGGAAGAAAUCACGAUCCAGAAGCAGGGAAAGAAAACGUCGGAUCCGAUCUCGUUCCCGCUCAAGAUCAAGACACAGGCAUAGGAGUAGAAGCAGGAGUAGGACAAGGAGUAGAAGUCGAGAUAGAAAGAAGAGAAUUGAAAAACCAAGGAGAUUUAGCAGAAGUUUAAGCCGAACUCCUAGUCCCCCUCCCUUCAGAGGCAGAAAUACAGCAAUGGAUGCACAAGAAGCUUUAGCUAGGAGGUUGGAAAGGGCAAAGAAGUUACAAGAACAGCGAGAAAAAGAAAUGGUUGAGAAACAAAAACAACAAGAAAUAGCUGCAGCAGCUGCAGCUACUGGAGGUUCUGUUCUCAAUGUUGCUGCCCUAUUGGCAUCAGGAACGCAGGUAACUCCUCAGAUAGCUAUGGCAGCUCAAAUGGCGGCCCUGCAGGCUAAAGCUUUGGCAGAGACCGGAAUAGCUGUACCUAGCUAUUAUAACCCAGCAGCUGUGAAUCCAAUGAAAUUUGCUGAACAAGAGAAAAAAAGGAAAAUGCUUUGGCAAGGCAAGAAAGAAGGGGACAAAUCUCAGUCUGCUGAAAUAUGGGAAAAAUUGAAUUUUGGAAACAAGGACCAAAACGUCAAAUUUAGGAAAUUAAUGGGUAUUAAGAGUGAAGAUGAAGCUGGAUGUAGUUCAGUUGAUGAAGAAAGUUACAAGACUUUGAAGCAACAGGAAGAAGUAUUUAGAAAUCUAGAUGCUCAGUAUGAAAUGGCAAGAUCACAAACACACACACAAAGAGGAAUGGGAUUGGGUUUCACAUCAUCAAUGCGAGGAAUGGAUGCAGUUUGAAAAAGAUCACGUUUAAUGUUUGGGACUUUAUAGACUUCUGGUUCUGAUGUCAGUCCUUGUUCACCAAACAGCUAGGAUUCUAGCUUGCAUGGGUGUUGCAUUGACUUUAAUUUAUUGAAAAAUACGAUUUUUUGUAAAUAUCAGAUCAGUGAUACUGGUGUUAGUGUUGUAAUCAGGUAAACCCACUUCCAUUAAACUUGACAGGACUAUAGAAGGACAAUAUUUUUUAGUUCAUGAAUUCUACUUUUCAAAUAUAUAAAAGCUACAGGUGGGAUAAAAUCUCAUGUGGAUUUUCCGUGUACGCUGUCUUGUGUACUUUUGUACUUAACCUUGUACAGUUAUUUUCAUCUCUUGAAACAUGAAAGAAAUGUUACGUAGAUGUUCCUUAGAAGAUCUGGCCAUUUGGUACAUAAUCCAGCACAAAUAAGCUGGGUGGUGAUGAUAAUAAAAAUGGUUUUCUCAAAACUGGUGUUAAUUUAAGUUACCUGGAACUCUUAUUUGAAUUUGUUUUAUGGUUUCUGUAGCAUUUUGCAAUUGCUAUUAGAAAACACUUGCUAGAAAUUCCUUUUUUUUUUUUUAAAGAACAACUAUGCUUCAGGUGAUAGCAUGGUGAGCAAAAAUGUAAAAGGAAGUUGGGAGGAGUAAACAAAUUUAUUCAAAUAAUACUGUUUUCCUACUAUUAUAAAGGAUAGAAUUGGUGUACAGUAUUUGUUAAAUAUUCCAUAUGUUAUUCAGGAAAUAGAUUAAUACAUGAAAGGGAUGUAAGCACUUUUAUUUUAAUAAAGUGCCUUAUAACAAG